AGGUACUGAUAGAUAAAGAGAGGGUAGCAGAGAGAGAACGUAUAUGAAUUAUUUAGCGAGGCAGUAAAAUACGCCUACGUUUUUUCCGUGCUGAAUGGCCGUGAUUUGGAGAGCAAGGAACUGCUUGCUUCUUUCCAUUUCUAGUUCUCAAUUACUGUUGGAAUCAGUGUGUCGCACGUCCAGAACACGUGAAAAGCACAUCACGACUGACGGGCUGUACGUAGACCUAGCUAAGUACCCCGUUUGUGAAGGGGAUAAAUGUUGAUCAGUUGUCAUUAGAGAGAUAAAGAGAGGGAGCAAGGAAAAAAAAAAAAGAGAGCGCGAGGGGCAAAAAAGUGUGUUUGAGAGAGGGAGAGGAAGGGAGAGGGAGGAAGAGCUUGCAUAUGAGUGAGGAAGGGAGAGAAAAAGAAAAGAAAACACGUAUCGAACAUAAACGACGAAAGAAAGAAAGAGUUUAUGAACCAAAAUGGAGAACAUCACUUCAACAGAAGCGACAGCUGGCAGCUUCGAAGAAGAUCUUGAAGCUUUGAAUAGUGAAGCUGAAGAAGGACACCGAAACAGCUCACUGGCAUCAACCAAACGCCUACUGUUCAAGACAGUUGGUAAACAGGAUAGCAAUGAUCUCAGUCGGGACUAUAUCGGAGUGAAGUCAUAUCUGCAUUAUUUUUAUGAAUCACCAUCAUUCAAAGACCCAUCGAUCUAUGAAGAGGAAGACAGUCUCCGUUACCUGUUGAAUCCACAAAGGCGAAGAAGGCGUUGUCCUCCAAUAUGGUGGAAGAUAUUUUUGUGGCUUGGUGCCAAUCUUCUCUUUUUUGGAAUUGUUGGGAUUCUGGUUGGUUAUUUAGUGCCACAGAGAAAAGUCAUCAUUGAUAUUAACAGUAAUACAAAAAUUGCAAUGGUUGACAGAGAUGCUGAACGCUACAACAAAAUGCUUGAUGUUUGUAAAGUUAUUGGUCUUAUUAUUUUCUGUGCUGGUGGAGCCAUUUUCUCAUUGUCUUUGCUUUUUCCAAGUUUUUUCACAAGUUACUGUGAGGAUGAUAUUCAUGAUGCUACAGAAGAGUCUUUCCAAAUCAGUGUUGGAGAUAUGGAGAAAAGAUCCAAUUCUUCUGUAGAAAUGACCAUUCCAGUCACAGCUGAAACAAAGAGUGUCCAGCCAAAUAUUGGCCAGUCUGUUGUAGUCACUGAUGAUCUCAUAAAAAUGAAAGACUGAAACACUCUACUCCUGUUGGUAGUUCCUUGUCUGAACAUAGUGAUCUCUUAUAGCAAUAAACUGUAUUGUGUCUCAGUCUGGAAAUGUUAGACACUUCAGUUGGCUAUGACAUUUUCUUAUUGUAACAAACUGUCUGUAAUGUCAUGUGUAUGAGUGUUUUUCAUGUAUUUAUCAGGAAAUGGUAUUUAUUGGUAUGAAAGAAAAUGGCAUUCAAGCAUAGAGUGUCGUUAGAGUAAUGACACACUAUGCUUAAAUAAUAAUACUUUAAUAAAACUUUUGCUUCCA